UGCGUAGUAAGGGACCGCCGCAACCCGAGAGUUCGAUGCUCGCGCCUGGCCGCCGUCUCCGGCUCGCGCAUGCGCGAGGCUGGUAUCAAAGCGCUGAGGGCCGUCAACAUGAACCCCGCUCAGGGCACGGUGGGCAGCGACCCGGUCAUCCUGGCUACGGCCGGCUACGACCACACGGUGCGCUUCUGGCAGGCGCACAGCGGCAUCUGCACGCGGACCGUCCAGCACCAGGACUCGCAGGUCAACGCCCUGGAGAUCACCCCGGACCGCACCAUGGUGGCCGCGGCAGGUUACCAGCACAUCCGCAUGUAUGACCUGAAUUCCAAUAACCCCAACCCGGUGAUCAACUACGAUGGGGUCAGCAAGAACAUUACCUCGGUUGGCUUCCAUGAAGACGGACGGUGGAUGUACACGGGAGGCGAAGACUGCAUGGCUCGCAUCUGGGACCUCCGGUCACGCAAUCUUCAGUGCCAACGCAUUUUCCAGGUGAACGCGCCCAUCAACUGCGUCUGCUUGCAUCCCAAUCAGGCUGAGCUCAUUGUCGGAGACCAGAGUGGCGCUAUCCACAUCUGGGAUCUGAAAACGGAUCACAACGAGCAGCUCAUCCCAGAGCCAGAGGUCUCGGUCAACGCGGUACAUAUUGAUCCUGAUGCCAGCUACAUGGCUGCGGUCAACAGUUCGGGCAACUGUUACGUGUGGAAUCUCACGGGGGGCAUUGGAGACGAGGUCACCCAGCUCAUCCCCAAGACCAAGAUCCCUGCGCACAACCGCUAUGCACUCCAGUGCAAAUUCAGCCCGGACUCCACGCUUUUGGCCACUUGCUCUGCUGACCAGACGUGUAAAAUAUGGAGGACCUCCAACUUCUCGCUGAUGACAGAACUGAGCAUCAAGAGCAACAACCCCGGGGAGACCUCCCGUGGCUGGAUGUGGGACUGUGCCUUUUCGGGGGAUUCCCAGUACAUUGUCACAGCCUCGUCCGACAACUUGGCCAGGCUCUGGUGUGUGGAGACGGGGGAGAUCAAGAGAGAAUACAGUGGGCAUCAGAAGGCAGUCGUCUGUCUGGCUUUCAACGACAGCGUCUUGGGCUGAGGAGCAAGCUGGGAGGAUUCCUGUUGGGCCCCAUCAGCCACUGCUGCUUUCUGCCGAGGGAGCAGAGUCUGGACUAAUUCUGCCGAGGCUGCACUCUCUGCCCUUUGGUUUAAUUGGCAAGUGUGGCUGGUCCCCCUUGUGCUCCCCAUUUGUAGCGCCUCCUUAAAACCAGCAUGGAGCUGGCAGAGAAGACUUUGAAGGAGGGAAGCUGCCCUUUCCCUGGGCAAUGAUGGACAUCCUAGUCUUGGCUGCCUCUAGGAAGAGCUUCCUGUGCCCUGGGCCUGGGGUGAGCUGGGUCUCCUUCCUGAGGCCCCCUUUCUGCCCCCCUCCUCCCACCUGGUCCCCAGGCCAGGGUAGGCUUCAUUUGGGAGUAACUGCGGGCUCUGCCUGCUAAAUUGGACCAGGCUGGCAAAGGGAGAAAGGUUGCCACUGCAAAAGGUGCCCUUCCCCUUGCAGGAGGGGCAGGUCCUCACUUCCCAAGGCAGCGCUGCUGGGUCAUCUGGCUUAAAAGAAGAAGAGAAGAGGUUGAACCAAAUCUCCAGGGAAGCUUCGUUAGCCGAGAGGGCCAACUUCUCUCUCUAACCCAGGAGUCCCCAAACUUGGCAGCUUUAAGACUUGUGGACUUCCAACUCCAAGAAUUCUGGGAGUUGAAGUCUACAAGUCUUAAAGCUGCCAAGUUUGAAGACCUCUGCUCUAACCCAACAUGCUCAAAUCAGAGAGUCCAGUACAUGAUGGUUUUUUUUAAAAAAAAGGGCUUUCUUUCACAUAAUGCUUGUAUGGAUCUGACCUUCACCAUAAAGCUACUCCUAUCAGAAACAAUUAUUUACAUGUUACAGUUGAAAGCAACAAACUUCGUAAAUGUAUGUAUAUAUGUAUAUAUAGUGGCGAGCACAAGAUGA